UUGUUUACAGCCUGUCGGCUUGGAGCGUGUAGUGGUGGAACAAAUAACCAGUGCAGAGCUCUGCAGGGUUAGAGUGCUUGUACCACUGAACUGGAGCUGAAAGCACUUACUUUUUCAUAUGAUCCUUACUUGGGGACUAUUAUUCAUUGUCUGCAAUUCCAUUGGACACAGCUGCCCAACUGUCAUCUUAGCUGCCCAUUAGAGUCACACUAUCUGCCAUCAUGGUUGUUUUCAAGAAAGUCAAGUGCUUUGAACUGUCUUUCGCCGACCCCGAGAAGGUGUACUGCGGUGGGGACAAAGUAACGGGCAGGGUCCUGGUGGAGGUGGCUGAAGUGACCAGAGUGACAGCGGUGAGAUUGUUGGCAUGCGGGGUGGCCAAGGUAUUGUGGUCCCAGAACUGCAAGCAGGAGAUGGAGUACCUGAGAUACGAGGACACCCUGCAGAUGGACGAUCAGCCGACAGAUUCUGAUGGAUCUGUCAUUAUGAGGCCAGGCAACUGCUACGAAUACAAGUUUGGAUUCGAGCUGCCCCAUGGUCCUUUGGGGUCAACAUUCAAAGGAAAGUAUGGUUCUGUGAAGUACUGUGUCAAAGCUUUCCUCGAUCGGCCAUCCCAUCCUCCCCAGGAAGUAAAGCAGACCUUUCAAGUUGAGGACUCUGUGAAUGUGGACACUCCAGAUCUCAUGUCACCAGUGUCUGGCAAAAAGUACAAGAAGAUGACAUGCAUGUUCAUUCCUGACGGCCACAUCUCUAUGAGUGCCUGCAUUAACCGCAAGGGAUUCUGUGAAGGUGAAGACAUCUGCAUCUCUGCUGACUUUGAGAACACCUGCUCCCGCAUUGUUGUCCCCAAAGCUGCCAUUGUAGGCAAGCACACUUACCUGGCCAAUGGCCAAACCAAAGUCUUCACCCAGAAAUUAUGCAGUGUAAGAGGCAAUCAUAUCAUUUCCGGCAUGACCGGCUCCUGGAGAGGAAAGAGUAUCCGUGUACCCAAAAUCAAGCCUUCCAUCUUGGGAUGUAACAUCAUGCGGGUUGAAUAUUCCCUGCUGGUCUAUGUCAGUGUCCCUGGCACCAAGAAGAUCAUUCUCGACCUGCCCCUUGUCAUAGGCUCCAGUUCUUCUGGAAUGAACAGCCGCACCUGUAGCAUGGCAAGCCAGGCCAGCUCUGAGAUGAGUUGGUUAGAACUGAACAUCCCAGGGACCCCAGAAGCUCCUCCAGGCUACCUGGAUAUGUUCCCUGAGGAUCACAGACUGGAGAGCCCCACUGCUCCAUUGUUAGAUGAUUUGGAUGAAGCCUGUGACAGUCCUAUCUUCAUGUACGCUCCAGAGUUUAAAUACAUGCCUCCUCCAACCUACACAGAGGUUGAUGUCAACAAAAACAUCUGUGUGCAGUAAACAUCUCAGCAGAAACCACCAACGAUGUUUGUUCUUUUGUUUUCAAGUUCUGCACUUGACUACUAUUACACAGUGGACUUGUGGAAGCUGUAAGUGGCCUUUUCUUCAAGGGCUUGGUUCAGGAAUUUGAACCAAAUACAAGGAAAGACUUUGACACUUGCCUUAAACAUUGGGCAGGAAUCUGUGGCCAACGGUGGAUAUGAGGACAUUCAAACACACAUAGUAUUGAUGACGUAGAGCAAAAACAGGCUGAUAAUUUAGCCACACCAAGCUGUAAAUAAGUCUCAACGAUGGCAAUGAAAAGAGAAAAUUUCCCCUUUCUUUCCCCUCUUAUUUAUAAGUAAGGGUCCAAGGAUUUCAAUUGACUAUAGAAUGCUUAUCUACUACCUUUUUCUACUGGUGCCUUUUCAAGUAGGUCUAUAGAAGUCAUGCCAGAAAGCAUUCCAGCGAGGGAAUUAACUCUGAGUACAGAGCUGGACAAUAACUUUACUGGCCCUUUAAUAUGUUGAAGGGUUUAAUUAUGUGAACGAGGUAAUUGAGAAAAUCACGAACAGCUGGCCUUUAUACCCUACAAAUCAGAAUCUGUAAUCUGUAUAUAUUUUUUUUUUUAAAUCUUGUUGAAAUCGUUGUAUGCCUCCAGAAAAAAGGAUAUGCAAUGCCGCAUGAUCCUUUAAAUAUUUAACAAGCAAAAAAAUGUUUGUCCUUUUCUGUUAGAAAGCAGUGUUACGUUUGUAUUUUUGCUUUGUUUGUGAAGCACUUUCUAAUUACUCUGUGGAAUGUUUAAGCUUUUUUUUGGGGUGGGGAGAUGUAACCACUACAGGCUUCUCCUUUAUAUUGUUCAGGUCUUGGGUCAGGGACAUCAUUUCACUGACCGUCCAGCUGUAGUGAACUAAAAAUAUUAUUAGGAUUCGCAGCCAGUUACAUAUCAUUCAUAGAGAGCUUCUGUAAAAUUCCUGAUCUUGGGAAAGGAACGGCUUCAAUUGUGACGUCACUUUCUCAAUCUGUAGAAUGAUUUAAGAAGCUACAAAUCUUGCAAGGAACGUGACGAUUUAUAAUGAGAAUCUGCUUUGGGACAAGCAUAAUUUUUCUUAUUGUCUCUACUGGUGUCUAUUUUUAAUGUCCUAUUCUGUGAUGCAAUAGAAACAAAAAGCCAGUCUUUCAACGCAUUAAAGCCUUAUGUUGCUGCCUACUAUGCUAUUUUUAGCUUUCCUAAAAUUAGGCUUCCUUAUCCAAUGAUGUAUGGAAAUGUGUUUUUGAUUGUUCCGCCCUUCCCUGUUCGAACAUUCUUGACCUAAACGUUUGCAGACUUCUACUUCUAAGUAUUGCAAUUUCUGGGGAAAGCACUUAAUCUCUCGUACUGUAACUUAGCACUGCAGAAAAAUUCUGUUUCCUUGGGGAAUGUAUGCUUGCACCGAGAAGGUUUUUUUUCUUUUUUUGUAAAAGGAAUAUUCAUUGCUGUUUUUGUAUAUCAGUAAGAGAUUUAUUUUGUACUGUGAAAUGUUGCCUGUUUAAAGGCAAUACUUAUUUUCUAAAUAAAGUUAAGAAAUCUAUUU